UUUUUCUUUUAAUUUUUAGCUGAUCCAAUGGAUGACUUCACGGAAAUGGCCGGCAAAUUCCUUCCAAAUAGGGAGCCCUCUGUCAUCUACAUGGAGAAAACAGCCGAGGAAUGCGCCAGAUUCUGCGUUUCCGCCAUGACCUUCAUAUGUCGUUCCUUUGAUUACAUUGCUGCCGAACGAACAUGUAAUUUAUUUGACGUUAGCAGGUCGCAAAACGGAAGACUUUUCAGUCGUCAGGGUGUUACGCAUUAUGAGAGGAUUUCUCAGACAACUGAUUGUACUAAUGUGAAUGGAAUCCAGUAUCACCCAUGUCCAUCUGGUCGAUGUAUCCCUAAUGAUUGGUUAUGUGAUGGAGAUAACGAUUGUGGUGACUUUACUGAUGAAUCAAAUUGUGGUACAUCAGCGGAAGCAUUUGAAGUCCGUAUCGUCAACGGGACUGCGCCUAAUGAAGGUCGCGUUGAAGUAAAGUACCGUGGCGAGUGGGGAUUGGUAUGCGACGAUGAGUGGGAUCUGAAUGAUGGACAUGUCGUUUGUCGGCAGUUAGGAUACAGCAGAGGUGCAUCAGAUGUCUAUAUUGUAGGUGAAUUUGGUCAUGGAAGCCUGACAGAAAUCUUGUUGGAUGAUGUACAAUGUACUGGAACUGAACAAUCCUUAGCAGACUGCACCCAUGCUGGAUGGAACUUACAUAACUGUGUGGUUGGAGAGGCUGCAGGUGUACUCUGCAAACCAGAUCAAGAUUGUCCAGCGAAUCACUUUGAAUGCAACAAUCUCAAGUGUGUUCGUCAGACGGUCGUUUGUAAUGGUGUGGAUGAUUGUAAUGAUAGAUCUGAUGAACUGAAUUGCUUCCAAGAGCCUGAACGAUUGCCAGUGCGACUUGUUGGUGGAAACGGACAAACGUCUGGAAGGGUAGAGGUCUUUCAUAACAACCAAUGGGGUACGGUCUGUGAUGAUUAUUUUAGUGAAGCAGCUGCAAGAGUCGUCUGUAAUCAGCUCAACAUCAAAGGAGAUGUUCGUGUGUACCCUCAGGCCUCAUUUGGUGAAGGGACAGGACAGAUUUGGCUUGAUGAUGUGAGAUGUUCUGGUACGGAACCAUCGUUACGUCAGUGCACCACUCCUGAACUCGGUCGGCAUAACUGCCAGCACAAUGAAGACGUCGGUGUUGAAUGCGGCUUAGAGACACUUCCUUGUGGAGUCCGGGGCAUUGAGAAUGGUAACAUCAUGGCAAGGAUCAUUGGAGGAAGUUCUGCUAAAAGAGGCAAUUGGCCAUGGCAAGCUCAGCUGAUCUUAAGAGGGAGCGGUCACUACUGUGGUGGGACACUCAUUGAUGAAUCCCAUGUGCUUACAGCAGCUCAUUGCUUUCAAAGGUAUGGUAAGAGCUCCUUCAAGGUCCGGCUAGGUGAACACCAUCAAUUCAUCAAUGAAUCGUCUGAACAAGACUUCCGUAUUAGUUGCCUGUACAAGCAUCCUGAAUACAACUCUAGGACUACCAAUAAUGACAUUGCUGUAAUAAGAUUGGAUCGGCCCGCCCAAAUCACAUCAUUUGUUACACCAGCCUGCCUACCGACAGAGGGAGAGUUUGGGAAUAACCACCAGUGUUGGAUUUCUGGUUGGGGUAAUACAGGUAAUGACAGGUAUCCCAGUCGAUUACAAGAGGCUAGAGUUCCCCUCUUACCACGGGACACCUGUACUAGAGCUAACGUCUAUGGAAGGAAGCUUACCGAUAAGAUGCUAUGUGCUGGGUAUCUACAGGGCGGUAUUGACAGCUGUGAUGGUGACAGCGGUGGUCCAUUGGUCUGUGAGAAUAGUGAAUCCAUAUGGAAGGUCGUUGGUGUGACAUCAUGGGGGUAUGGCUGCGCUCAGCCUAAUGCACCAGGCGUGUAUGCAGUGGUUACUCAAUACUUAAGUUGGAUUAAUGAGAAGAAAAUUACCCGGACCUGUUUGUAAUGUGGUCCUUUGAGUGAAUUCAACCAUCAUCUUCAUAUCAUGGAAUUCAUAUGACAGUUCAAUAUGUAUAUAAAAAAAUAUGUUACAAAUCUGAGCAAGUUCAUAAGUUAACCCAUGGGAGACUGAUCUAGCAUGUAUGCUGGUUGGAGUAUAGCGAGAACAUGUGUUAUAUCAAAAUCAUAGUCUUUAAAUGGUUAAGAGGUCAGGGAAUUUUAUUGAUAGCAUUUUUCAGAUAACAUUUGAUAGAAUAACACGUGAUCCUAGUAAUCUUCAAGCUUGCAAUUUGGAUGCGACAACUUAGACUACGAUCCAUGAGUUAAAAAAUAUAGAAUUGAGAUUCAUGAACUUCCAAUGAUUCAAUCAAUACCUUUUCUCUUUCAGCAAGAUAUACUAAAUUCAUUCAAAGGCUUACAGGAUGUUAUUAAAGCCCCAUUCACAAUUGUUUUAGCACUAUUUGAGAGGGUGUGUGUGAGGAAUAACUUAAUUGUCAUCAUAAUAUCUCUAAUGUAGUGUAAGCAUGUGUUCCAUGCAUUCAAAUGAAGAUCCCAUUCUGAUUUGAUUUAUUCUUCAUCCAUGUAUGUUUUUUAGAGAUUAUAUUCUUUGCAAUGUAACUAUUCAUGCUUUUCAUAAUCAGUGCUUUUGAAUCCUGGGUUUUGCAUCACUGCCUUUGAUGAUUGUAUCAAUAAUACAUGCUGCUCUAAGAUAUCAGUUUUAAUGUUGACUUACAUGUAGAUGAAUGGGUAACACAUCAUAGGGUAUAAUCUCAUGAGAUCAGAUGUUACACAUGCCUUCAUUCAUUGAUUUAGGAAUGUACACGUGGAUCAAAAUCAUUGUUGAAGUCAAAAUGAAAUAGUCCAUUUACCUCAUUUGCCUGGAUAUUUGUUUCUAUCUCAUUCUCUUUAAGUAAUACAUAAAUGUUUAAAGAGUGGGUACAAAAAGUCUUUUUUAUAAAACAGUGCAUAUCAUAGAAAUACAUAAAAUCAGAAAAUUAGACAAUAAAUAUAUUUUUGUAUUUCAAAUGUGAACAAAUAUUGAGUGUGACCACAUGUAAAGAUAAUUUUGCAGAAAAAGAAACUUUUCCCUAAAAGUCCAAAUAUUUGUAUUAUCAAGCAAUAAUAAUUGGGUUUUAGCCUAUUUGUGCAUCUCAGCAGUGUACCAGUUGUAGCUGUCAGAUUAUAUUUCAUUAAUUGUAAGUUAUUCCUGCCUACUAUUGUUUUUAGGAGAGGAGAAAUUAGUAAUCUGGGCAAAAAAAGCCAAAGUCUUGAUUUGAUUUGUGUCCUUUGUCAUUAUGUCUGCUGGAAUCAUACCAAGGGACUUGUGCCAUCCAUCACAGAUUGUAUGACUUUUAGUGUCUAUUCAUACAGAACCAAUAGGUUACUGUAAUUGGCCGAUAUUAGUUUUAUGGGAAGUAAAUUGUGUCAUUAUUCAAUGAUUCAAGGUCUCUGUGGCAAUUGUGAGUUAUUCAUGAAAACAUGUUUUGUUAAUGCAAAGGUGGUGUGGUUACUUCUUUGUUAUAUUUGAGAAGUAACACAUUUCUUGCCUUUCUGGGCAGCGGAAAGAUUUCCCUCUUGUGUAGCUGCUAAUACAAACACAUUGUGUUUGUUGAAUAAGUGACUAAAGUGAUGAAAGGCAUAUCAAACUAUUACAAUAGGAGGAAAAGGUAAGCUAAUUGGGAAAGAGGAGAGGGACGUUGCUAGAUAAAUACAACCAUCUAAAGUUUAUGAUCUAAUAAAUGUAAAUAGAUAUAACUCUGGCACUGAUAAAACGGUGGUCCCUUGCAUAUCUCCUGAUUACUCACAUGGAUUUGUCUAGAUAUACUGUAGUCCAAUUUAAAAUGUUUUUUCCUCUAUUCUAAAUACUGGAAUACUCUAAAAAGUCAUAUGGAUUUUGUGCAAAGUGUAGGCAGUCCUGCUGUAAUAAUGUAAAAUACCCCGAUGAAAAUAACCUCAUUACGUUUUCUGUUGAAUUGUUCAGAAGUCUUCUCCCAUUGUAGUGUGUAUUGUAGAUUAUAGCAAUAUCAAACUGUUAAUACCAUCCUGCUUUUUUGUUUGAUUCUUGAUUAAAGAAUAAGGCUUUUUUAUGUAAUGAUGUAGAAAUGUUUAUCAGUGGAAGAUGUUGCUCAUGUGCCUGUAAUUGUUUUGCUUCUAAACAAUGGUUAACAUAACAUUGACAUGAUGCGAAAUUUCAAUUAAAUUACAAUAUUAGGAUUUGAACAUUAAUUGAUGGUAAGAUUAUUUGUUGAAAUAUUAAUGAAGUGAUCAUGUGAACUAUAUUUGCAAUUAUUUUAAUAUUCAAUGUACACAUUAUAUUUUUAAUACACUGUUUGUUUGUUAGAACUGUGGUUGACUCUUUCCCCAUUGGAAACAAAUGAAACAUUGUGAUCUUUAAUAAAAGGCAACUGAUUAAAAAGUUA